CAGAGGGAGAAGAAGAGACGUAUGUGACUGAUAUAAAGGCAGAAGAUAUAGAGGGAGAAGAAGAGACGUAUGUGACUGAUAUAAAGGCAAAAGAUAUAGAGGGAGAAGAAGAGACGUAUGUGACUGAUAUAAAGGCAGAAGAUACAGAGGGAGAAGAAGAGACGUAUGUGACUGAUAUAAAGGCAGAAGAUAUAGAGGGAGAAGAAGAGACGUAUGUGACUGAUAUAAAGGCAGAAGAUAUAGAGGGAGAAGAAGAGACGUAUGUGACUGAUAUAAAGGCAGAAGAUAUAGAAGGAGAAGAAGAGACGUAUGUGACUGAUAUGAAGGCAGAAGAUACAGAGGGAGAAGAAGAGACGUAUGUGACUGAUAUGAAGGCAGAAGAUCCAGAGGGAGAAGAAGAGACGUAUGUGAGGGGUGAUCAGCAGUAUAAGGAGGAGGAAAUCCCUAUAGAUAUCAGCACAGCAGUUGGACACACAAGCAGGAACAUCUCAGAAGGACAUCUAAUGUUAUCCCCGGAUUGUGAAAUAAAAAAUAAUGACAGUAAACAGGAUUCUCCAGGAGAUAACCCCAUUACCCCAAUUAUACAUCCAGCUCUAUCAGCUGAUCCCCCUGAUCCUGGGAAAUGUUCUCCUGAUCACUCUGAUAUUGGUGCAUCUGUUACAGCUCUGAGAGUAGAUACAGUGAUUCCCUGUUCUAUAGAUGCCAAAUGUUUUACACAGAACACAAAGCAUAUUAACCCACAGACAGUUAAGGUAGGUGAGAGGCCAUUUCUAUGUUCUGAGUGUGGGAAAUGUUUUACAUACAAAUCAUAUCUUCUUAGACAUCACAGAAGUCACACAGGUGAGAAGUCUUUUCCAUGUUCUGAGUGUGGGAAAUAUUUUGCACACAAAUCGGUUCUUCUUAGACAUCACAGAAGUCACACAGGUGAGAAGCCAUUUCCAUGUUCUGAGUGUGGGAAAUGUUUUGCACGGAAAUCACAUCUUGUUAGACAUCAGCAAAGUCACACAGCUGAGAAUCCAUUUCCAUGUUCUGAGUGUGGGAAAUGUUUUGCACAGAAAUCACUUCUUGUUAUACAUCAGAGAACUCACACAGGUGAGAAACCAUUUCCAUGUUCUGAGUGUGGGAAAUGUUUUGCACACAAAUCAGCUCUUGUUAAACAUCACAGAAGUCACACAGGUGAGAAGCCAUUUCCGUGUUCUGAGUGUGGGAAAUAUUUUGCACACAAAUCAGUUCUUAGACAUCACAGAAGUCACACAGGUGAGAAGCCAUUUUCUUGCUCUGAGUGCGGGAAAUGUUUUUCCUGGAAAUCACAACUUGUUACACAUCAGCAAAGUCACACAGGUGAGAAUCCAUUUCCAUGUUCUGAGUGUGGGAAAUGUUUUGCACACAAAUCAGAUCUUGUUGCACAUCAAAGAAGUCACACAGGUGGAAAGCCAUUUCUAUGUUCUGAGUGUGGGAAAUAUUUUGCACACAAAUCAGUUCUUCUUAGACAUCACAAAAGUCACACAGGUGAGAAGCCAUUUUCUUGCUCUGAGUGUGGGAAAUGUUUUAAUCUGAAAUCACAUCUUGUUACACAUCAGAGAAGUCACACAGGUGAGAGGCCAUUUCCAUGUUCUGAGAAAUAAAUCAGCUCUUGUUGCACACAAUAGACAUCACUCAGGUGAGGAACCAUUUUAAUCUUCUGGAGUAUACUCAUCAUUGCCAUGCAUUGUUCUUCAAGGUUCUUAUCCUAUCCUAUCCUUUUUGCAAUAUACAUGUUACCACUGGGUGAAAUAAUCAAUCUACCACUGCUAUGCAGAUGACCUGAUCUUUUGCUCCGGGUACUGAGAAUCCAGUACCAAUCCUAAAUAGUUGUCUAGCUGAGCUCUAGGUGUGGUUGAUGCCAGUUGGCUGUGACUCAGUCCUGGUGAAACAGGUCCUUAUGAUAGAAGCUCACUAACAAAGGGCAGGGCUACAGCUCACCUUUGCAAACUAACCAGACUAUCGUUUGGGGGUACAAAGUUACAAAAUGCGGAUCAUGUGCAAAAUCUUGGUGUCCUGGAUGGUGGAGUGACACUUAGACAUAAGGUAUCAGCCACAAUCAGAUCCUCAUCUGAGGAACAUAGCCAGACUCCAGCACUUAUUUCCCUCAGAAGAUCUACCUACAGUCAUACAUGCACUUGUAUCAUCACACAUAGACUACUGUAAUGUCCUCUACCUGGGUCUCCCAGCAAUAGAAUUACACCGCUUGUAGCUUGUACAGAAUGCAGCAGCCAGGCUGUUACCUAACCAGCCCGUUCCUGCCACAUAACACCCAUUCUCUACUCCCUUCACCCGCUGCCUGUAAGAUGGUGAUUCUAUUACAUAAUCUUACUGACUCUCCCAGCCCUACAUGACCAGGGUCCAUGGUACCAGAAGCAGCUUCUGCCUUGUUACUGCCCUGCUUGCUUACUUCCAUCUGCAGAUGAAGGACUAUUACCAGCAGUACCAAGAAUCCCCAAACACUGCUGAGAUGUCGGGGGAGACAGGGUGGUGGCACUAGUGCUGUAGUGGGGGCUGCCAGAGGCACUGUCUAUGGGUAAUAUUGUCCCCAAGCAGCGCUGAGGUGGCAGAGGAGGACA